AUGUCCACAUAUUCAUUAUAUCCUGUAAUGCAUGAGGCGAAUACAUUUGAAAUAUUUUCGAUGCUUUUAUAGAUAGGGCUUGAUAGAGCCAACAAUACUAAGACAAUUUAGCAGAGACUUAAUCAAACUGAGCAUAUUAAAACUCCAACCGAUUUCUUGUCAUUUGUCAAUGUUAAUGAGAAAUGUCUAUCUCAAUCACUUAAAUAAGAGAAGUAAAGAGUUGAAUAGGAAUUUGCACUGAUUGAAAUGUUGGUGCCAAAUAAAUCGAAAACACAUUUGAUGUCUUUCUAUCAUUUAUCACUAAAACUAAUAACUUAGUGGUUACCUCAAUUCCAAGUGAAGGUGAACUUAUCUGGGGAAUUUCUAGAUAUUGCAGAGCUAUAUGGUCAGUUUUUUAUUGCAUCUGGAAUGAAUCAUAGAUUAUAAUAAAUACAGGCGAUUAAGAAGAAUAAUUUAUAUGAUAAAAUUCCCUUUAUGCCUCUCCUGAUGAAAUGGCUACAUGAAUAUUGCAGAUCAUAAUUUAAUAAGUUAUUUGCUUCCCUCUACGAAGCAAUCUCAUAAAUGAAAUCCAACUAUAGAUAAAUUGUGAGUAAACCAAAAGAAGAGAUAUUUUCUCCUAGAGUAAAUAAAAUGCCAAUAAAUAGACCUACUUCAUGUAUUAUUAACAAAACAAGGAGCAUUAGUAAUUACAGUAUUCGUAAAACUUCACAAGUUGUCACAAAACGCAACAAUAAUUAAGCAGUCUCUAAAUUAAUAAAUUUAAUUUCUGAUGUCAUUGAUAUUGAUCUUACUCAUUAUGACUAACAAACUCAUAAAAAAAAAGAAUAAAUCUUUAAUAGUCUUUGGAGCAAAAAUUUUCAUGUGAGAAGUACUCAUGAGAAAUUCUAGUAAUAAACAUAUGGGAUUCAAAAACCUUAAAUAUAAUCCCAUUUUUUCAGUGCUCAAAACAAAAGACCAAAUAGUUUUUUUAAGCAUUCAUUUCAUAUAGAUAAUAAUCUUAGUUUAUUUUGA